UAUAAUGCUUGCCUGUUUAAGUUAAAAUCUCAUUAAGUCCGCUGAUAGGCUCUGGGAGACAAGAAGUCGGCGCUGUUAACCCGUCUAUUUUAUUUCCAACCUAUAGUUAGGCCACGAUGGCUCCAGCAGUCACGUCGUUGAAUGGACGCCUGGCUUUGGUGACGGGGGGCGCUAGCGGCAUUGGCGAAGCGGUCUGCCGCGCCCUGGCUUCCGAAGGUGCCACUGUGGUGAUUGCCGACAGGCAGCUGGAGAGCGCCAGGAGAGUGGCCCAGUCUUUACCAGGUGAGUCGGAGUUAUUAGGAGAUUGCGAGUACAGCCAUGGGCGGAUCCAGGGUGAGGCCGAGCAUCAUACCGUGUACGCAGACGUCAGCGACUCGUCCUCGGUGGAGCAGUUGUUCGCUGACAUCAGGAGCAAGUUCUCGCAACCGCUGAGUAUAGUCGUCAACUGCGCCGGUAUCUUGCUCUCGGCGCCGAUCACCGACUGCAGCGACGAACUCUUCGAUGACGUCAUCAGGGUGAAUCUUAGGGGCACCUUUCUGGUGAAUCGGGGAGCCAGCCGCGAUAUGCUGCGCUCCGGUAUACCACUGCCCCAAGGUGGAGCGGCCAUCGUGAAUGUAGCCAGUAUCACGGCCAACAGUGGCUGGUACCACAACUGUGCGUAUGCCGCUUCCAAGGCCGGGGUCGUGGCUCUCACCAAGUCCGCUGCGCAAGAAUUAGCGGCUCACGGUAUUCGCUGCAACGCCGUGCUGCCCGCCAUGACAGACACGCCCAUGUCAGCCAGCGCUGGCGAAAGCCACAAAGCCAUGGCCGUUGCUAGGAUACCACUCAAGAGGGUCGCUCAGCCGUGGGAGGUAGCAGAGGCUGUCAAAUUCCUUUGUUCACCGACUGCUAGUUCCUUUAUUACGGGAACAACACUCGAGGUCACUGGAGGUUUCGGCAUGUGAUUACACUUGGUCGUGCCACAUUGAGCGUGCGCUCAGGCCAAAUUCACGUGUCUGUUUUGUUCCCCUAUCUUUCCCUGUUUUCUCUGUUACGCGCUUGUCUGUAUUGAAUUUCCGCGAACGUUUGUUCUAUCUUCAGCAUGAAGAAGACGCAGACGUGGCUGUAAUCAUGUAUAUGAAUAAAGCAAGAGUGCUAACGUACUGUUCAGUUCAGCUCCUCUGCUGCUGCCCAAAUGCAAAAGGGUGGCUGCUUGGGCUGGUUGGUGAAACAUUGUUUA